AAAGAUCCCUGAACAGUGAACACAGAUCUUUGAAGUAUAUCCAUUCGGACCAACAAUACAUACAUACAUACGUUUAACAGCAACCAGAGAAACCAUGUCGCAAGCGCAACAAGACAACGCAGACAGGCGUGGGCUGUACCCGCCAAUCGAACCGUAUAUGAGUGAAAUGAUUCAGAUGGACGAUAUUCACAAUGUGUAUUGGGAAGUGUGUGGAAAUAAAGAGGGCAAGCCGGUCAUCUUCUGUCACGGAGGACCGGGUGGGGGUUGCAGUUCCUUCGAUCGCCAGUGGUUCAACCCUGACAAGUACAUGAUAGUGUUGUUCGAUCAGCGUGGUGCUGGACGGUCUACGCCUCACGCAAAUUUGGAGAAUAACACCACACAGCACCUCAUUGCGGAUAUGGAGGUGAUCCGAAAGAAAUUGGGUAUCGAGAAGUGGCAGGUGUUUGGUGGUUCAUGGGGAAGCACACUGUCCCUGGCGUAUGCUGAGGAGCAUCCCGAUAAGGUCACUGAGCUUGUUCUGAGAGGCAUCUUCACACUGCGACGAUCAGAGUUAGAGACCUUCUACGAUAAUAAGGGAGGUAUUCAGCACCUGUUCCCAGAGGCAUGGGAAGGUUUCGUGAAGCCCAUCCCAGUCGAAGAGAGAGACGAUAUGAUUGCUGCAUACGGAAAGCGAUUGUUCUCAGAUGACGAACAUGUGCGCCUCACUUGUGCCAAGGCCUGGUCGCAGUGGGAGGGUGCUACGUCGAAGCUUCUGCCCGAUCCCAAAUUCGUCGAUCACUAUGGAGAGGACAAGUUUGCCCUGGCUUUCGCGCGUAUCGAGUGCCAUUACUUCAACCAAGGUGGCUUCUAUCCCGAAGGUCAUCUGCUAGCUAAUGCCCAUAAACUCAGCCACAUCCCUACCACCAUUGUCAACGGUCGCUACGACUGUGUCUGCCCUAUGAAGACGGCCUGGGAGCUAUCGAAACAGAUGCCACACGCUGAGUUGUACAUCAUUCCAGACGCAGGCCACAACAGUCAAGAACCGGGUACAAAAGACCGACUCAUCCGUGCGACCGACAAAUACGCGGAUUUAUAAAGUCCGUACCCGUUUGUUAUGCCGGGGAAAGCAUCCAACUGCUUAUUGCAGUAUGAUGAGAGAAGAGUAGAUUGCGGAUUAUCAACACCAUAGCUGAACGUAUGCGGGCUAUGGAAUGGUGUGGAGUUGUGUCGGUAUUUAAUCAAUGCAAGCUUAUGUAGGCCCCCAGGCGUGCAAGAAUAAUCCAAGCAAUUCAAGCCGAAGGAUCGAGUUGACCGACCGACAGUGCUUCUGGGGGGGGAUACAGAAGCAAAUUUUAGUAUUAAAAUUAGCUGUAUAGUGAAACUUAGCUGAGGCAUUACGAGUAAAAGACUUUAUCGUGUG